AUGGAUUUCUCAGAGGUCGUGAGACUUCUGGAAGACACAAAGCGCCAGGAAGCUCGGAGAGAUGUUGAGCGUCUCCUCAACAAUCCUCCGUCUUGCCAACCCCCCUGGGGCAAAAACCUCAAAGAACUAGUCAAAUGGGCUACGGAGUACGUUGUUCAGGAGAACCAACCUUGUAAAGACAAACCCCACAGAGCACAUAAUAAGCCUGAAUCAGAGAAGAAAUCGCAACCUGAGGCUUCAACAUCGCAACAUGACUCCCAGGAAAGAUGCAAAGUCCAAUCAGAACAAGAGCCAGAGUCCAAGGCACCUGAACGACCGACCCUCAAAAUGUUUCAACCCCCACAUCUCCAAGAUUUCUGGAGCCGCAACCCCAAGUGGGUGACCGACUACUUCGUCAACGCACAGAAGUAUCCACUCCUCGAGGUGAUUGUUCGCGCCAUGAUGCAGGAACAUAUGAUGGCGGUACAGGACUACAUGUCUAUUAUCAAGAUGCAUGUUAAUCCAGAGAGUGACCGAGAAGGAGCGCAAAGGAAAGCAGACGAAAAAGCAGAAGAGGGAGCGGAAGAGGAGGCCGAGGAGAAAACAGAGGAGAAGGCGGAGAACAAGGCAACAGAGGGACAAGAGACCGGAGACGAACUCUCAGACGCUGACAAAAAGAUCUUAUUCCAAGAUCUCCAGAAUGUCGUCAAACAGCAUAUCCGCCUCAAGGAAAUCCUCGACUGCUACUGGGUCAUGUCGCACGAGGGCGCUCUGAUCCAAGACGCCAACCACAUGCUCUUUAUGGGACGCCUCCGAACCUCAACCGCCCCGUCAGACCAUGAUCAGGCUCUGCCCAGUGACUUCCCACUUAUUUCCCCCCGAGUCCAUCAGAGGGCCGCCCCAAUCCCAUCUUCUUCAAUUCCCGAAGCGCAUGCCGAAGAAGACGCUGAAGGUGAGAAGUGGAUCAACGAUCGAGCAAUUGAUCUUCGCGAGAUAUACCCUUCAUUGUCCGAAGAGGCAGCUAAAGAACUCGCCAAAGGUGAGAAGAAGGUUUGUGAACACGCAGAUUUCCUUAACGAGUAUGAAGAGAAGAUGGGUGACCGCACAUUCCUCUUGAUGGCCAAACAGAUGGAACUGAUGGGAAUCGAUGAGAGGAAUAAGCUUGAGAAGCUUAGACUCAAAGCACAGGAGAUGGCGCUUGAGUUGCAGGAGAAGGAGAUGAGUGAAAGGGAGAAGGCAUUGAGGGAACGUGAGGAGAAAUUGGGGUUGUGA